CCUGUGCUGUAGAUUGGACCUAGCGCUAGUAACAGAUCAUUUCUGUCACCACCGGAGCAAUGGGCAAUUCUGAGAGUGCCGGGGAAAAGGAAAGUGGGACUUGGAUGGAGAAAGUAGACUGCUCGCCUUACAUUUGCCACGACGAUAUCGGCAAAUUCAUCAAUGACCGCAAAGGCAGCCUAUUGGAGAAGGACCGCAGGCUUCUACAGGAAACCCUGUCACUGGUCACAAGCGAGAAUCGAUGGGUGUGGAGGGACGCAGAAAUCACCGUGUAUGGCGUGAACUUGAAUGUAGUUUUCUACUCCGGCGACAGGACCAACGAAUUCGUCGUGUAUCUUAAUUCGGCGGAUAAACCGACCCAUGUGACGGAAGCUAGGGGGUGGCGUCUGUGUGUCAGGGAUGGCUUCAAGAAGGUCUGGGGGUGGCUAGGUGAUGCUGUAAAGGUAGCUGGGUCCCUCACUGGCCCUUUGGCCAAGUUGGCUAUAUAGCUAUUGGCAUGUAGUCUUGUAUAUAGUGUUUGUAGUGCUUUAAACGGCUUAGCUAUGUGCCAUAUCGACAAUGUCAAUAUCCUCAAUCAGUACCUAAAUCCUUUGUGAGUGACAAGUUAGAAUAUCAGAAAACGUAGAACUGUGAUUCUAACAUGAAUACCUUAUAAAGAACAGAAGACAGUCAACAUCAGGUACCAGGAAUCAAACCAACUUUGGGCGUCAAUGUUGUUAAAAAUGGGACAAUAGUGAAACCAACUAGUGUCAAUAGGACAAUAGUGUCAAGCCUAUGCCCCUACAUGACUUUGAAGUCAACUACAGAAUAUAUGAAACUUUGACAUUCUUCCUAUCUUGCUAACUUCAUUCAUCAUAUAACUGGAAGCUGUGACUGCAACGGUUAUAUUAUUAAAGACACAAGCCUCGGUGUACUAUAAGUGUUUAAGUCCAGCGUGAUAGCUGCCAUAUUUAAUUGCCAUAGAACGUUGUCACCAGAUAGUUUCGUAAGCAUGUGAAUGUUACCUAAGUAUUCCCCGUAGCUUUUUUUCCAUUGUUAUUUACAUAAGCAUGUUACUUUAUAUGCCCCGGAGCUGUUUGCCAUUGUUAGUUUCGUAAGUAUGUUACCUAUGAUGUUUUGGAGCUGUUGUGCCAUUGCAUUAGCACUAUGGAGUUACC